UGCAUGAAGUGUUUUCCAUGAGCCGUUUUGUACGUCAUGCUUCCACUGAAGAGCGAGUGACGCAACAUAAUUAGUCGAACAUGCGCUUGCCUGUUUGAAGAACACUUCGAUACUCUACAUACAUUCUUGAGGAUCUACUGUGCAGCUCAGUAACCUGAUGUUCGCGCCACCUCGACCAGAACUAUUUGACUUUUAUGGAGUCUCCAUGACAAAUUUCUUCACUGACAACUGGCAAAAUGUAAAAAACUUCAAGGCCAAACCAGAAGAUAUUAUCAUAGCCACUUAUCCCAAAUCAGGAACGACAUGGGUCUGCUACCUCCUGGAUCGGCUCUUCUUUGGAAAGACACAUCCAGAGAAAGACACAUCCCUCCCUCUGUAUAUGAGAGUACCAUUUCUGGAGCUCUGCAUUCCUGGUCAUCCCAAAGGAAAAGACCUGGCAGACCAGCUCACUAUCACUCCUCGUCUUAUCAAAACUCAUCUGCCAGUCCAGCUUGUACCAGAUACGUUUUGGGAACACAACUGCAAGGUCGUCUAUGUAGCUCGUAACCCUAAGGACGUUGCAGUGUCUCAUUUCCAUUUUAGCAGCAUGAAUAGCAUCCACCCUGCACCAGGAGACUGGGAUGGCUUUUUGCAAAGAUUCAUGGAUGGGGAAAUGGCUUAUGGAGCUUGGCAUAAGCAUGUGGUCGGCUGGUGGGAGAAGAAGCAAACGUAUCCAAAUCUGCAUUACAUGUUCUAUGAAGAUAUGAUUGAGAACUUGGGACGUGAGAUGGACAAGCUGUGCAGCUUCCUUGGCAUGUCUCCCUCCGCCGAGGAGAAGGAAAGCGUCAUGGAUGCAGUGAAAUUUGACAACAUGAAAGACAACAAAUUGACCAACUUUACCAAUGCCCCUUUAAUGAAUCUGAAGGUGUCUCCUUUCAUGAGAAAAGGGAAAGUUGGAGACUGGAAAAAUCAUUUCACUGUGGCCCAGAAUGAGCAGUGUGAUGAGCACUACAAGCGCCACAUUUGUUUCCCUGGACUGGAGUUCCGCGCUGAAGUUUAAGGCUUGAUCAGAUCAAACAAACUGGUUCUUCUUACAAGGCGAAUGACGUUGAGUGAAAGCAAGCCCUUCUAGAUUUCACCUCUUGUCAUCAUUGUCGUCCUUUUGGCAUUAAUUCAUUUGGGUUAUGGAAAUAAAGUCAAUGUUAAACGGAAA